AUGUCUAAGCCCAGUGAGAGUCAAAGAGACCCCAGGCAACUCCAUCCACCUGACCAGUUGCCACCUCCUCAGCCCUACAGGCCAAGAAGGGUUCCGCCACGUUCCCCUCCUCUCCAUGGCUUCGUACUUAAUCCGCCUCCUCCUCUUCACUUUGGCCCAGGGCGAGUUCCAUCUCAGCCCUUUCCACUGGGACCUCCGCCCUUUCCAGGUUAUCCAAAUCCACCUUUCCAAUCAAGACCUUACCGUCCAAGACUUAUUAGGGGGCCAAAACGCCCAUGUUCCCCAUUUCCUGCACAUCCUACUAUUUCUAACCCUAAACCCCAAAUACAAACAACCACCGCCGCUGCAACAAUAAUCACCUCUAAACCCACCACCACUGCCGCAGCACACACCGACACUUCCAAGGAGCCCACCACCCCCAUGGCACCUACUGAAGAUACUACUCAAAUCAUUACUCAUCCUCCCGGCACCCUGUUGCUCAAUGCCACUAUCCCAGUCACAACCCCCUAUCCAACUACAGUAAGCAGCACGACCUCUCAGAGUCUUUGGCAAAAAUUCCUUUCGCUUUUUGGUUGA